AUGGAGCUGCCGCCGGUGCCACCUGAAUUUGAUGCUCUUGCGGACGACUUCAUUUCUGCCCUCGGCCCUAAUGAGGAGCGGUCGAGGGUUCGGGCGGAGGCAUUUGAGCACCUUCGCGCUGCCAUUCUCGAGGCCUUCGCAGAUUUUAGGGUCCUGUGGCGGCAGCAACAGGAGUUGCAGGAGCAGCAGCAACACGUACUGCGGCAGCACUCACAGCAAAGUAGGGAGGAAGAACAGCAGGGACAGCAAGAGCAGAAUCCUUCGCUCUCGCCGGAGCAGUUGCAAGAGGAACGGCCGCCACAGGUGACGCUACGGGAAGGGCAGUGUGACGGUCAGCAGCAGCAAGAGCCGCAAGGAGAAAACCCAACAGGCAGUCAGGAGCAGGAGCCCUCUAGAGAGCGACACUGCUUGGAGUCAGAUACAGUGGAUCUGGCUCCCGAGGUUCUGGAGCGUGAGCAUGAUGAAGAGAAGAAACCGCAACAAGAAAGUCAACCUCAGCAGCAGCAGGAACAACAGGAGCACGAAAGGCGUCUCUGCAGAGGAACUUUAAGCUGCUGCCGCGCGCGCACUGACUCGCCCUCUUCUUUUUUCUCGGUUUCUUCAUCCCCUUCACCCACCGCCGCAGGAGCAGCGUUAAUGGGAGCAGCUGCAAAAGUUGCAGCACCAGCUCCUGAGUGGCGCCAAGCACCAUCGUCGUCGUCCAGUUUCGAGGUCGAGAGGGCAGCCCUGUUUUCUUCUUCACUGCAUGCUUCGUCGAAUGAACCCAGCAGUAGCAGCAGCCGUUUAAGCCCUAGCGCCGCCCAGGCGCACGAGAACAGCAGCGAAUGCAACGUAUCAAGCGGCAGCAGUAGCAGCAGCAGCAGUACUAAUAGCAGCAAGAGAACAGCAGCGAAUGCAACGUAUCAAGCGGCAGCAGUAGCAGCAGCAGCAGUACUAAUAGCAGCAAUACUGGCUCUAGCGACCCUAUCAGCAGUGUGCGAUGCCUGUCCGACAUAUACGGGGGUGGUAGAGGGUGAAGAAGAAAGCGAAGCUUUUCUGGUGUAUCUCCACCUCAGAUUUAGACGAGGUGACCUGAAGGUUGAAUCACGGAGGGAGGCCUCAGACCCAGCCAGUGGGGAUCCCGUCGGAACAGGGAGCCCUCAGAGCACUGGCUCUGGCACACGGGGCUCCAGGGGGCCUCGCAUUCGGAACGUACACUUGGUGAAGGCAGACGUGAAGAUUUUGAAGCUUGAAGUUGACAGUCUGGCUGUGGAUUUGUCGGUUAACAAAGUGGGAGGCUGCUGUUCUUUAGUCCUGCUUGAACUCCUCGAUCGUCGCAUUGGGCGUUUUCACCUCUUUAAGCGCUCAGUGAUUCUCGUCAAGAGUGAGAUGGCGUACGAGAGUCAUUUACUUGGAAGCCGAUCUGGCCUAUUGGCAUCGUACUGCCUGGAGGUGCUGGUUUGGCAUCUGUUUUCCUGUCUCCCGCCAUCAAAGCUUAAAAGUCCCCUUCAAGUCCUUCAGGCAUUCCUCUCCUACUUUUCUAGCUUUGAUUGGGCAGCAUUUGCUGCCACUGCGGCGGGGCCUCUUCCCUUGUGGUUGUUGCGCCUCGCUAACCAGCAACAGCAGCAGCACAUGCUGCUCCUACAACAGAUGCAGCAGCAGGGAUGUGAGCCGCAGCAGCAACAGUUGCAGCUUCAACAGAUGCCAUUCUUGAAUGAGCUAAUAGAGAUUUCAGAGCAGAGCAGCGGCAUCCAGAGAGACGGUGAUCCGCGACUUGAACGUCUGGCAUUCGUCUCUCAGCACAUCCACCCUGAUAGGGGAUUCUCGAGGGAAACUGUCACGGUACACGCUUGCAAGUGCAUCGCGAACUUUGCCUUUGUAGAAGAAUGCAGGAGACGGUUCCGCAUGUGCUAUGGAGGCAUGGGGGGCCCGUCGCGUUUUUCAGGGACUUCCCGGAGCGGGCCGGCUUUUGGAAUGCCAGAACCCAGCUCCCCCACUGCUCAUCACAGCAGCGGCAAUUGCGGUGGGCGCGGCAGCGCCCCAACGACACCAAUGAGCCGUUGGUCUCAGCCAAGCGGGCGGGGCUCUUCUGGGGGUCCCUUUGUUCCUCCUUACCAUUCGCGUCCGGCGCCUCGUUCUGGCAGUGCUGGAGCUUUUACACUUCGUUGCAUCAAUGUAGUGGAUCCUCUUUUGAAUACAAACAAUUUGGGUCGAAGUGUUAGCGAGCCCGCCUUCAUUAGGCUGGUGGAUGCUCUAAAGAGGGGACAUGCCACUCUCACGGCAGUGCUGCAACGGGGCGACAGAGGGGCCUUUCAGUCCCUGGUGUUUAAGAACACCUACAACUAUCUCCAGAGGCUUCGACAUGAACAAACGCAAGAGCCGCCGAUCAGGCCGCUAAUCCUCCUCAGACUCAACAGAGGGCCCUCACAGUAUCCUCGGGCGGCCCUCGAAGAUGACAGGGUACCGUGCCCCACUAGAGACCCGUAUGCGGAAUUCCUAAAAUGCCUUCAUUCUAAAACGGGGGGCCUGGUUGAAGCACAGUAUCCUCGGGCGGCCCUCGAAGAUGACAGGGUACCCUGCCCCACUAGAGACCCGUAUGCGGAAUUCCUAAAAUGCCUUCAUUCUAAAACGGGGGGCCUGGUUGAAGCGUGUGAUCAGCAAAGUCCGUCGCAACAGUCUGGGCAUCCGCAAAUCUCUUCACAAGGUCCUCAAGGGGCAUCCGGCUCCGCAGAGUCGCAAGAUAGUAUAGCUGAGGGUACCGAUGAUGGUGAGCGCCCUGAAGGGCCCACGCAGGAGGGGCUUGCCAGAUCUCCGGGAUUUGAGGGGUCUGCGCUUUGCCCCCGCCCAACGGCUAAUCAUUCACUUUCCCGACAACAGGAGGAGCAGCAACAGGAACGGCAGCACCACAAUCAACACCAAGAUGAGUCAGGGCACAAAAUUAAUCUGCAGCUUGCUGAUGAGGAAUUGAGGGGUCUUUUGUCUCUUUGUCAGCUUUUAUGCAAGACACCAGGGGAAGGGAACAACACCGGGGCCUCUCCCGGAGCGGCGAGGAAAGGGGGGAUCCACCACGCAUGUGUAUCUCUGAAUGCCUCUGGCUCUCGUCUUUGCAUAUGUAGCCAUCCGAAUGCUACCCAAGCAGCAGGAACGGAGGAAAAUGCUGCUCCUCCAUCAAAUAGCAGCGAAGCUUCGGUUGGGGGUGCGGAGGAAGCUUGGGUAGGGGUCCAGACAGCGCAUACAUCGGGAGUUCCUGAGGCAACAGUCCUCCCUAUCGAGGCCGCAGCAGCAGCGGAAGCAGCCAUUACAAUUCAAGUACUCCUUCCAUAUUGCACAAGGGGAUGUAGACGAAAUAGCAGCGCGGGCAGCUACGCACAUGAUGUCAGAGCCGCUGGGGGUCCACCGUCCAUAGGGUCACCUCGAAGUGCAUGCAGCCUUGGGCGCACCUCGUGGGAUACUCGGGGAGGAGGGCAUAGGAUGGGGGGAGAGGGGGCCCCACGAGGUUCCCGGGGAUCUUACAAUGACCGCCUUAGGAGAUCCCAUCCGUUUUCUCUCAUGCGCCAUAGGGCUGGCGGAGGGAGAAGCUCCCUACAGCACCAGCAGCACCACCACCUGAUGUUGCAGCAUCUGCAGCAGCAUCACCCCAUGCAUGCGCUGCCCCCUAGUCGAGACCCUUACUGGCAGUCGACGCGGCCAUUCUCAACCCAGGCGACCUUGCUUGGGGCUUCCUUGGAGGGACCGUCAUCGGCUGCAGCGGGAGUCCCCAUGGGGCCAAGCGGCAUUUCUCAGUGGCGUGGGGAAGAUGGCAACUCGCCUUCUGCCGCUGGUGCAACGGCUGGAGAGGGGUCGCCUGCCGGAGGAAUCGGGAGGAGACGCAUGCACGGAGGGAUGCCACGCCAGGGGUACCCGUUGGGUCCUGGGGGCGCCUCUGGUUAUCAGCAGGGCCGCCAUAUCGCAGCAUUUUCGCCCAUGGUUGCAGCGAGGGGGCAGCCACCGCAGCAAACCCGCGGAUACGCUGCAAAUUCAGGUGUUGGGCUGCCCCGUCCUAUCGAACCCAAAGAAGCUGGAGGGUUGCCGAGGAGGUCUUUUGGAUGGAGCCACUACGUUCCAUUGGGAGGACCCAGUGGUGACCAGACUGCGACAAGGCACGCUGUAGCUUUCAAUGAGGAACGACGAAGCAGCAGCAACAGCAGCAAAAGCAGUAGCAAAGGCAGCGUCGCCGACCCCAGGGGCCCUCGGGAACGGUGUGACGGAGCGGCUGCUUCAAAAUUUGGACAGCAGCAGCUAGUGCAUCAGCAACAAGAUAUGCCAGCAUCGGGGGGCUCCUACGCUGCAGCACUGACAGGGCAGCAGGGGCCCACAAGUCCUCCUACACCUGCCGGGAAGCAGCAGGAGCAACAGCAGCGGUACCACGGAGGAGACGGCGUUGAGAGAGGGGAAGUACGGGCAUCCGUUGUUAGUGAUUUGUCGGAAGAUGUGGGGGAGAGCGGCCCUUCCAGGCUCAUCCGUGGACGCUCUGGUGACUGGACCUUCAGUGGAGCCGCCAGCAGCAACCGCAACAGCAGCAGGAGCGCGCAAGCUACAGGCAUGGUGGCUUCACAUAGGACCCCCCAGCAGCCAUCUGAUGGUCAAACUCCGCAGUGGGGGGCCGAAGGCGGUGUAUCAGGGACUCCACCCACUCCCAGCAGCUGGUCGCGCCAGCAUCAGCUGCAGCAGGGAGCAACCCACCCUCGUGGGGGGAUUUGUCUCCCAUUAAGGAACACAAGAGGAGGGACCCCCAAUGCGGUUUUGCAGGGUUUGGGACUGCAUGUGGCGACGCCUUCAGCUGCCCCGAGUAGAGUUGCUCGCUACCGCGAUGCAGGCCAUAGACAAGGGGGGACUCCAGGGGGUCCUGCAUGGAACAUCCCAGAGCCACCUCAACAACCCCCGCCGCCUCCUCCUCCUCCUCCCGCCACUCCGAGUGGGGCUAUUGCGGGCGUAGAGGCUCAGUCAGAAGGCCCUCGAGGGCCUACGCAUAGGCGUAAUUGGGCUGCGGUAGUAGGGGCCCCUGCAUCGGCCUCUAGCGGGGGCGUUCGAGCCCGGGGCACCCCCGCUUCCCCACCUGCAGCAUCAGGUACAGCAACAGCAACCUCUCCAGUUGCUGCUUCGGGAGUCCCCCGCCCUGCCUCGGCUGCAGCACGGCCAUCUUCGCCGUCUCUAGAGAGAGAGGUUCUUUCCCAGAAGGCCUCCUCUGAAGGGCAUGCCCGCAAAGGGGGUUCUGCGGAAGACGCUGGAGGGACAUCUCCGGCACCAGCAACAAGAGCAGCACCAGAAGGAGCACCUGCAGAGGAUAGUUCACAGCAUCCUGAUGACCGCUUGCCUUCUAGGGGAUCUGCGGAGCUCAGAAAGUCGACACCUCAGUGGGGUACACGCUCCACAGCGGGGGGGCCCUCUCAAGACCCUCACAGCAAAGCAGCAGCCCCUAAGUGGGCCAUUGGGGGUCCCUCGGGGGGCCCCCGCACGGCUUCUUGGGGAUCGCGCACGGGCACAGAAGACGCAGAUGGGACUUCUAGGCCGUCAGAGCACCAGCACCAGCAGCAGCAAUGGGAUGGGUCUUCUACACCGCCUUCAAGAGGCCACUCCUGGGCGGGAGACUCCACAGGCCUGUGGAGACCGGGGCCUCCUUCCUCGGGAGACCUCUCGGGUGAGGGACCCCCGCUUGACGGGCGUUCUCAUCCAUCGAGGGGACUCUCCACGUCCCCUCCUCCGGAGAGGGGCGUCCCGGUAAAGCAACGGGAGACUCCAUCUCUAACGGGCGAUUUGCUCUCCCUCAAGCUGGAGGAUAUAGCACUUCUCAGCGCGGCUGACAAGGCAAAGGCCCUGCUUGUGGCCAAGCAGCAAGUCGCGGCUCUGCAGGAUGCAGCGGAAUGGCGGACAGCCACAAGCAAAAGGGAGCGGAAAAAGUCCUCUGCCUCGGGAAGACACGCAAAGUCUCAGCUCGAUCAUUUGCUUGCGGUGCAGCAGCUGCUGCUGCAACAGCAGCAGGCACAUCAGGAGGGUGAGGAGACCACAGCUGAAGGGCAGCAACGAACCUCCCAGCCAGACAGAUCAGAGGGCAUCAAAGAGACACAAAACUCGGGCUAUGGAGGGCUGACCGACACGGGUCAAAAGACUAGUCCUGGCGCUACACCAGGGGGAGAAGCGAGAGGGGCAGACACUCCGCCGUAA